AUGUUGGACUUUAUGGAUAGUGUGCAGCAUGCAUUCUACGAGGCAUCCAGCUGGAACGUGGACAAUUCCUAUGGCGCACUGAACUCGUCGGCACGAGCAUUGCUCGACUUUGACAUACCCAGAGGUCUGCGCAUGCAGAUUUCCUCUCUAGCCGCCCCCAACUUUGCAACAUCGUACACACUAGGCAGCGUAGGCGUAGUGGAUGGCUCAGUGUCCUACCUGUACUCGUCGCUACCACUGCAGAAGGACUUCAGGACGUCCCAUAUUGACCUGCACAAUGUCAUACGAGGCUACAAGCAUGUACAAGAGCUGCGGAGACCGGACGAGAAGUGGUGGUGGGAGGUUUGGCAUGCUGGUCAAAGGGUAGACCGCAAGAAUACUCUCUUGUAUGGCCGCAUAUUCCUACCACAGCAGAGGCUCGAAGCCCUGUACUUGCGCCGCCUCGCCCCUACACGACAGCUCAGGAUCGCCGCCGUCAGCGACUCCAAUCUCAACAAUGGCGGGACGAUCCUGACACUCUUGCAAAACGACUUCGGCAAAUACAGCACGGAAUACAUGUACAGCACAGACUCAGCGUUGAUGGGCGUCCGGGGUCUCUACAACUUCGGUCCAGGCCCCAAAGAUGCGUCCACAGAACCGCUCGCUGCAGAGCAAGUGGGUCCUGUGGAUGGUCGCUUCAGUGCAGGCGCAGAGCUGUACUAUGGCAUACUGAACAAGAGCGGGGGUAUCAGCACAGGGGUGAGGUUCGCCACCCUGCCCAACCAUGCGGGCUUUCCGUAUACCAUGACGCUCACGCUCAAUCCGUUGAUGGGAAAUCUUUCUUCCACUUAUGCCGUCAAGGCUGGCCCCAACCUGGCCCUUUCCUCUCGCUUCGACUUCAAUUUCUAUUCGUAUGAAAGCGAGCUGCAGCUCGGGUGCGAGCUUUGGCGUAUUCGCAACACAACCGACGUAGACUGGGCGAUCAAGAAGCUGCGUCCAGAUUGGAAACGCUCAACAGUUUCUCCAGAUGACGACGUCUCUGGAGUGCUCAAGGCUAGGGUCGAUCAGGACUGGCGCAUUGGGGUGUUGUGGGAGGGCAGGAUUAAGGAGCUGCUAUUCACGCUCGGUGCAAGUCUGGACCUGAAGAAGAGAGAGCAGAUGGUCCGUUCUGUCGGUGUUGAGCUGCAGUACUCGUCAUGA